GGAAUAAUAUCCUUAUUGUGUAAUGUGUAAAUAUUAGCAUUAACAUUUUAAUUGAAUUUGCCUUCUCCCUACUCAGGAUAAUACAGGAUUUGCCUCGUUGCAGUGAGUGGUCAGGCAUAGCCAUGGUGCUGAUUCUGGGACGACGCAUAAACAGGGACGAUAACCAUUUCCGUGACUCACCUGUCAGCAAACGCAAAGUCUUUGAAGUGGACCAGAAGCUGGCGGUGAAUCAAGACAUUUUUGAUUUCUGCUCGGGCCCAUCCCAUGCUGAAAGCAUCCUCGAGCUGCUGAAUGAGUUCAGGGCCAGUCGUCUCUUCACUGACGUGGUUAUCUGUGUGGAGGGCCGUGAGUUCCCUUGCCACCGUGCCAUCCUGUCCUCCUGCAGCAGCUACUUCAGGGCCAUGUUCUGCAAUGACCACCGUGAGAGCCGGGAGAUGCUGGUGGAGAUCAAUGGCAUCUUUGCUGAUGCCAUGGACCAGUUCCUGCAGUACGUCUACACAGGGAAAGUGAGGAUCACCACGGACAACGUGCAGUAUUUAUUUGAGACCUCCAGCCUCUUCCAGAUCAGCGCCAUCCGCGAUGCUUGUGCCAAGUUCUUGGAGGAGCAGCUUGACCCCUGCAACUGCCUGGGGAUCCAGAAGUUUGCGGACACACACUCCUUGAAGGUGCUGCACUCCAAGUGCAGAUGCUUCGGCCUGCAGACGUUCUCCGAGGUCGCCUUGCACGAGGAAUUCCUGGGACUGGAGAAGGAUGAGCUUAUCGACUAUGUCUCCAGCGACGAUUUGGUCAUCAGCAAGGAGGAAACGGUAUACGAGUCCGUGAUGCGUUGGGUAUAUCAUGACAUUGACCGCAGGAGGCCCAUGUUGAAAGAGCUGCUGACUCAUGUCAGGCUCCCUCUACUGCACCCCAAUUAUUUUGUACAGACGGUGGAGGGGAACCAACUAAUCCAGAGCUCUCCUGAGUGUUACCAACUCCUGCAUGAGGCCCGGAGGUACCAUGUCCUUGGCAAUGAGAUGAUGUCACCACGGACGAGGCCUCGUAGGUCCACAGGUUACUCCGAGGUUAUUGUGGUGGUGGGAGGCUGUGAGCGAGUGGGAGGCUUCAAUCUCCCUUACACCGAAUGCUAUGACCCAAUGACCGGAGAGUGGAAGUCGCUUGCCAAACUCCCAGAGUUCACCAAAUCUGAGUACGCUGUUUGUGCCCUGAGGAAUGAUAUCCUUGUGUCAGGUGGCAGAAUCAACAGUCGUGACGUGUGGAUGUACAACUCCCAGCUGAACAUCUGGAUGCGAGUGGCCUGUUUAAACAAAGGCAGGUGGCGCCACAAAAUGGCUGUUCUUCUUGGCAAGGUAUACGCAGUGGGAGGUUACGACGGUCAGAAUCGGUUGAGCAGCGUGGAGUGUUACGACUCUUUCUCAAACCGCUGGGUCGAGAUUGCGCCCCUCAAAGAGGCGGUCAGCUCACCUGCUGUCGCUAGCUGUGUCAGUAAGCUCUUUGUGAUUGGAGGAGGACCUGAUGACAACACAUGCUCCGAUAAGGUUCAAUGUUAUGACCCAGCCACUAAUGUUUGGUUGUUGCGAGCACCCAUUCCUGUUGCUAAACGAUGCAUUACCGCAGUGUCCCUGACCAACCUCAUAUACGUGGCCGGGGGCCUGACCAAGUCCAUCUUCUGCUAUGACCCAGUGGAGGAUUACUGGAUGCAUGUGGUGAACACCUUCAGCAGACAGGAGAGUUGUGGUAUGUCUGUGUGUAAUGGCAAAGUCUACAUCCUCGGUGGCAGAAAGGAAACUGGAGAGGCCACUGACACUAUCACAUGCUACGACCCAGCAACAGGAAUCAUCACAGCAAUGGCCGCCAUGCCCAGGCCCAUCUCCUACCAUGGCUGUGUGACAAUCCACAGAUACAAUGAGAAGUACAGACCUUGAGCCAGGGAUCUCCAGCACCCACCCAAUACUGAGUGGCAAAGAGGCACAACCACACUAUAACAUCCUGUGGAAGGACCAGAGGUGACCUCUGCAGGUUUUAUAUUAGAUGACUUUACUGUAGCAUAUUCUUCAAAAGAUUGAGCCUUUUUUUGUAAAAGAAACUUUUAUUACAACAAUAGAGUUGCAGAUCAACAAACAUUGUCUUGUGUAAUGCGAAAGUCCCAGAGAUAAAAAUACCAAAGCUGUGGCAUUACAGGCAAUAUUAUGCCAUUUGCACAUGUUCCCACAUCCCUCAGAUAACCAUGGACAGUUAGUGGUGCAUUUAGUGCCACAGGGUAAUACUUUAGGAUCCAAUACCAUAAUCCAGAAGGUAAUUACUGUUCAUUUUCUAAUGUAAUUAGACAGUCAACAAGCAAGAAAUGCAAGUGGAAACCUUUUGUUGAGUCAGUUGGAGGUGCCUUGGAAUCCUGGAGGCUGAGGCCCUGUCCAAGGUCAGGAUUGAAACCUUCAUAUUCGAGCAUCUAUGUCACUUUGACAUCAUUCAGUAGCUGCCAUGUGGCCACACUCAGUGAAAUGUGUAGGUGUUUUCGUAUACAGUGAUCCUAGUUAACGUCCUAAUUUUUCACCUUUUGAUCUUUAUCGAGGCCUAAGAGGAAAAAAAACUUUAAUUCCUGCAUGUAACCCAGCAGAAGUCAAUCAUGAGAUACCUUGGCGCUGGUUGCCUUGGGUUGGAGAUGGAAGGUCAGACUCACUGAGCUGUGAUCCUAUGUGUUGAGGCCAGAAUGAAAACCUUCCAGAUCGUAUCCCUUGGGGUUUUUAAUGGCCCCAAAUUCACUGUAAAAUUUUUUGUCAAAAACGGAUUUUUAUUUCAUUUCUGGCAUACCUCUCUGACUGCAGAGAUGAUAUAAUGCAUCAAAUGCAUCAGGAAUUGCUACACCUUAAUUCUGGAAAAGCAUCAGCCUUUUUGAUAGGAGUAGCUGUGAGUGGAUUUGUCAUUCACCCAUAGAGGAGGCAUGCCCUCUCCUAAUUGGAGUUCUGGUUUAGAUCCUAGAUCCAGUGAUUGAAAUAAGUGUAUGUGGGUUAUUUUCCAGACAUUGUUGAUCCGCGUUGGUUAUAUACUGUGUAUAUAUAUCCCACAGUGAGCGAGUUAUAGCCCAGUAAUAUGCAGUGACAGUUUAUUUAUACCAUGUAUAUUUACCCUUGCUAUAUAGUAUGUGAAUUAUUCCCAAUUCCCAGUUAUGUAUAUAGCAUGAAACAGGACAUAUUGAUGGGAUAAGAGAUAAAAGCUUUAGUAAUUAUAAAGGAAGCAACAGAGGUAUAGUGCUGACUGUUAACCCUUGAAUAUCAGAUUGUGCAUUUAGAGACUGUGUCACUGCAUGAGUGAGGGUCAGACCCUCUGCUAGAAAAUGAAAGUUGUUAAUAUCUCUCAGAGAAGAACAUUCCGUUGUAGCUUUUCCAAAAUGUGUCCUUUUGCCAUUUCCUUACACCACUAAAAGUUUCUCCUAAAAGUGGAUUGGAAUAGGUUGGGGAUGAGUAUGCACAAGUUCCACUGCACCCACCCUGGGGGGUCCUCUUCAUGUAUCUGCUGGAAGGCAAUAGAUCGAUGUGUAACUGCCAGGCCUGAUCCAAGCUUUGGCUCACAUCCACACAUAUUUGGAGGAGGCCUUGACUUUGUGCAAUUUUAUAAAACAGCCCACUUUAAUCACCAUCAUCAGUGAAGGUAAAAGUGGGGAAAAUAAUGGAAAACAGGCUGCUUGUUAAACAUCACUCAUUUCGCACUACUGUACAAAGUCUUCCCCAAGGACUUGCCAACAACUUAAGUCAUAAUAUCAGGGAAAUUUUGCAAUAAUGUGAGAUUUGAGGGAGUUAAAGGAUUGAAUUCUUUAUGGCACUCAUUGAUCUAAUGUAAGGUAGCUCAAUCAGACCUAAUUCGAUUUGGGAUAGCUAAAGGCAUAGUACUACUGUCACUGGACUAGCAAUCCAGAAACCGAGGUUAAGGCUUUGGGAACAGCAGUUGGUGGGAUUUGAGUUCAACUAAUUCAUGAUUCUGAAAUUAAAAGCUAUUGUCGUUAAAUGAUCAUUGAUCAUUAUAAAAGCCCUUCUGGUUCACUAUUGUCCUUCAGAAAAACAAAUCUGCCAUCCUUUCCUGGCCUGGCCUACAUGUGAUUCCAGAGGCAGAACAGUGUGGAUGACCUUUAACUAUCCUCUGUAUGGCCAAUAAGCCAUUCCAUUCAAAGGCAAUUAGGGAUGGACACAGACGCUGGCCUUGUCGACAACACCUAUAUCCCAUGAAAGAAUCAAUAAAUUCCAUUUGCGCCGAAUCAUUCAAUUAUUUCCUUCAAUUGCCAGACCCUGAAUCGGAGAUAUUCUUGGCAGGGGGAAAGAAAUUACAACUGCAAUAAAGUUAACUAAAAUCCUACAGCACUGUUAAUUUUAGAACAAUUGCAGCACUGGACCUCAGGUGUGUAAAUCCAAGAUGUUAUAGGUUGAGAAGUGUGUUGAGGGGUUGGUGAGUUUGAAAGGUGGAUGAAAAUUGUUGGAUUCUAGAGUGAUCAGGAUGGGGUGGAUGGCGAGUACACUGGCACUCCAGGGCUUAUGAACCCUCUUUUUAAGAGGAAGAAAUCUUGAUUUUCCAAGCUAUUUCCUCUGUGAAACUGGAUAACUUUAGCGCUGGGAAGCGAGGAUAUGCCAGAACAUUCUGAAUCAGGGAAAGGUUGACAGGUCUCAAUUGGCCUGUGUUCCCAAAAGGCUUGUGUAGCUUCUGCACGUUUACAAUUAAGAUGUCCUGGAGCCAAUCUAGAAAGCACAAAGCUUUCCCUAUGGCAGAAACCUCACCAAAUUAACGUCUGUGUUUAUCUGAGUGGAUUAUCUUGACCUUGCCACUAGUAGGAUGUGUGUGUUUCAUCCUUUCCGCCCUGAUGUAGCAUCCUCAGUUCCGUCAAAGAAACGCCCAGAGUGCACUUUGUUGAGUAUGCUCGUAACUUCAAUUUUUCUUGCUCUUCAUCUUAAUUAAUUAUUUGAUGCAUUUAUAUGAAAUGGUUUUGUUUUUUACACAAUAAGUUACAGGAGUGUUUUGCUGUAAAUACCACACUUCGCUGUUUAUUCCUAUGUCCCAUGUUUCACUGUAACUGCGAGCACUGCUUGCUGAAGGAGCACAAGUUGGAGAGCUGGCACAGUCUUAAGUUCUUCACUGAGAAUGUUCUGAGAGCUGGCUUCUGUGUAAGCUUCACACUGGUGUAAAGGCCUGAAGCCAGCGUAUGAAUGAACAGGUUGCAAAAGCCAUUGGAGAUGUUGUUCUUGCGCAACAGCAGCCAGUUUGGCCUCAGUUAUUUUCCCGUUCACCGAGGGAAAGAAACCAUGGGAGGAAGUCUUUGUUGAAUAGGAAUAAAGUUCCCAUCUUGUUAGUGGGAUGGACCCUUGGUCCAAACAAGGAGGCAUUGAGAGGAGUGGCUCCCUCAUUCCAGGACAAAGAGGAUGGGUCAGAAAGGGCAAGGUUAUAGACUGAUAGCACCAGGCACUGGAGGCAGAGAAAGUAAUGCAGUGAAGUCAUUCACAUGCCAGACUUCCAUGUUGUUUCUGAGCUCAACCAAGUACAGACAGCAGCUGGUCUUCAGUCUCAUUGAUUUAAUGAGGGUCUUUCACCACUGCAAGGAAUGCAGGGAAUGACCCUGCUUCUAAUAAAGCAAUUAUUCUCUUGCUUAUCAGUGAGAGAAAGCUUUUUGUAAUUCCCAGAACCAGGCAGGUGCUGAGGUGAAUGAGUAAGAAAGCAAGACAGGAAAAGGAAGAUGGGCAGAGAAAAAAGGUAGGCAAUGCACGACAUUGAUGCUACUUAGUCAUCGCUCCAGCCUUUGUGACAAAUUCAGCAAGCUGCUUUCAAUCAUGUUUAUGUUCCUGGCAUACCUUAAAUUUCAGAUAUAUAACUUACAAUUUAAAAUACUACAGCAAGGCACCCCACAGUAUUUCUCAAAUCCACCAGAAGUCAAGGUGAAAGCAAGAACUCCGCUGUGGUCAAACUCUCCAUGGAAUGGCAUGAUAGAAAAGUGUUACUGAGAUCUUGCUCCAGCAUCUUCACCAUUCAGUAAAACAUGGUACAGUAGAGGUUUUACUCAUGAACCUUGAGACAGUCAAAUAAUGACUGACUAAUAAUUGCAUUCACCCAGGACUGCUGGAACACUGAACUGAAAACAGAGCUCCUGAGUUUAACAGGGAAACUCCCCCUUGUGAGAGCAGCCACACUCAUUACCAAUUCAGGAAUGCAUGAGAACAAUGAGUAUUUAUAAGUUUUCUGUUGUUGUAAGCUAUGCUUUUAUUAACAAAUUUAUUUAUUCUUUAAGUAUGUUCUUCAAAACCAUUUUACAGAAUGAAUGUUGCAAUCUUUGAAGUUUUGCUGUUUACCGAACACACAGGAGUUGAGGAUGUGGCAAGGCAUCUCUUUUGAUGUCCAUUCUCAGCAUGUGAACAAUAUAUGGCUGUGUGUAUUGGCCUAACUAAUGCAUGGUCUAUGAGGUGAAUCAACUAUUGCAACAAUUGAUGCACAGCGCAAUUGUAAUCACCACACAAUGCAGGAAGCCACCAGAUCUGUUAGUAGACAUUAUUUAAAAACAGUUAAAAAGUGUGUGUUGCAGCCAACUACUUCAAAAAUUGUGACCCUGAUCAAAGAGAUUUAGACACAUUCCAAGUCCUUGUCAAAUGGUUUCAUUACAAAAUCCAGUCUGUAACUUACUGCCAAAUAUCCAUAUUUAUUUAUUUACAAAUUACCCAAACUUUUGUUAGAUUUCAGCCUACAAAUAACCCACCACUGUAACAGUAUUUUCUCCAUGAAGUGUGAAUGAGCUACACAAUCAGUGAUGUAGUUUAGUGGCAAUUUGACCUGGUUCAUGGUUUUGAUCUAUACAUUGAGGAGCAGUGAGUGAAUAAUUUUCAGCCUGAUUGAGAAAUUUUUAAUGCUGUAAGUACCUGGCAUGCUUUUUUUUUGUAAUUAGAUAGGUGUAAAGUGGUUGUGUUAUUUUUGUAAAAUUUGGGUUGUCCUGGAGACAAAAGCAUACCUUCCUUUUGUUUUCUGCUUAAGUUGUACAGUAUGAGCUGCAUAUAAACAAACUGUACUUGAAUCCAGGGUGGUAUAUCAUUUUAAAAACUUGAUCACAACUAUUAAAUGAAUAGAGAACACAAUUAAUCAAAAUAGCACUGUAUGAAAUGCCAGCAGUGACCUUGGGUGACUGAGAGUUAUGGUGAGUUGCGUUACCUGACUGUGUGUUUCCUCUGUCCUUUCAGUUGUCUGAGCUUCAGAAUUCCCUAAAUCUCUCCAGCUCUCGAUUUCUCACUCUCCUCCUUUACAUACUUUAAACUAAACUCUAUGCCCAAGAAAUUGAACUAUACGUCCUAAUACUGCCCCUUAUGCUGAAUGUCAAUUUUUUGUUUGAUUAGACUCCCAGUUUUGCAAAGUUUUACAAUGGAUGCUGUAUAAAUGCAUAUUAUUGUUGUCUUUGGAUUUCAGUGAUGCUUAACAAAGGGCCUUCAGACACAGUUAUCGAGAGCCUCAAAACAAGGGGCAGACUACAAGGGAAAGUGCACACUAUGGAACUUCUUGUGUGCAAAGUAGUAAUGACGCUUGAUGUCAGCACAUUCGAUCUUCAUUUUAACACGUUACUUUAAAACUAAAACUGCAGUUCAAAAUUAUGAGUAGAUAUGAUGGGGUAAAUCAGAGAAAUUGCUUCCACUGGCAGGAAUGUUGAGAACCAGAAGAUGGAUUGGCAAAAGAAUUAGAGUGUAUGGGUGGGGGGGGUUCUUUUGUGAAGUGUAUGGUUAUAUUCUGGGUUGCCUUGUUGAAAAAGGUAAUGGAAGCAGAUUCAGUUGCACCAUCCCAGAGGGAAUUAGGCGUAAAAAGGGGAACAAUUUAGACGGUGUGUAAAAAAAAGGUGGAGGAGCCCAAACAAAGCAAUGCCUGAUUUUUUUUGUGUGUGUUGUUCUGAACAAAGCAAAGUGCUUCCUAUUGUUGGGAGAACAAUGGUAUUUGUGUCAAACCUGGCCAGUCUGUCUGGGCUAUUCCUGUAAAAUAAGCGACCCAAAUGGGGAGAAGUGUGAAAGCCAAUUGCAAAGAGAAAAAAAAAGAGGAAACGUUCAAAUAAUUGACAUAAGCAUGUCCAAAUCUGUAUUCCUCUCUAACAACAUCCAUCUAAGGCUCUCUUUCGUUCUGAAAUGAUUAGCACAAGUUGCAUUUUUCAACCUACAUAAAUAUGUUUUUUUUUCCCUUUCUUGAGUUGGCUGUUGUGUGAGUGUCCUUUUCUGAACCCAGAAUAGGGAUUGUUGAUUGGAGGGCUGACUCAAAUGUUUCACACAUUCACCAGUCAACAGCUCUUGUCAAAUGUUGAGACAGCAGUACCAACUUUGAUUGCGUAUAAUAAUUGUUACAUGUAAAUUACUUCUAAUUGUGUGUAUGUGAUGUAGGUUAGUGACUUUUAAUAAAGAUUCUAUUCUCAUCAAA